AUGAAGAAGAUGAUUGCUAGGUUUGUUUGGGUGGGAACUCACUUGGAGUGCUCUCUACCUCCAAAUCAGCAUGCUUACACUCCAGGGAGAUCAUGCAACUCAGCCUGCAUCAAUUGGUAUGCAGGAUUGAGAAGAAUGACGCCAAAAGGAGCUGAAGAACAAUUAGAUCUUCUUGGAUUCACCCGCUACAUUGUCCGUACGUACAUGCGAACAUGCACAAGCCAUCGAUCCUCUGCAGGACGGCCAAGCCAGACAGUAUCCAGUAGGGUGUUGCCUGAAAUCCGAUUCAGUGGAAAAGAUCAUCAUUUAGAAACAGUUCAAAAGCAAAUUCGCUGCGGCACUGUGUUCCAAAGCAACAAGGAAACGGUGCAAGACUUGUCAAGUGUCCCACAGGGGUCCAAGCUUGGCCCUAUUCUUUUCAACUUGUUUGUCAACGACAUCAUCAGCCACCUAUCAUCGGAAUAUCUCCUCUUCGCAGAUGACCUCAAGAUAUUCAAAGAAAUCUACUCUCGUGAUGACUGUCUCAAUCUUCAACGUGAUCUGAACCUAAUUGCUGAGUGGUGCGAUGAUAAUAAGAUGGUCAUUAACUCAACCAAAUGUCUUACAAUCACCUUCUGUCGUCUGAAGAAUCCUGUUGCUUUCAAUUACACUGUAUCCGGCGACAUCAAGCGAGUGACCUCGAUAAACGACCUUGGAAAAUCAAGAUUUUUUGGCUUGGAAAUCAAGACGAUCGUGAUGUAUGGCCAUCUCGUUGUCUCCUGUGCUCCUGGGUUUGCAGUUAUGAUUGAUCCGGACGAUGACAGUGGUUGA